AUGGUGCUUGGAUUCGCCGCUGUACUCAUAGUCCUGUUCUUGGACAUCAAGCAUGAACACACCUCUUUCAUCGAUGGUAUCAAGGCCGUAGAUUGGUUCGGCAUGUUCACCUUCCUUGGCUUCACGCUUAUGAUCCUUUUGGGUCUCGAUUUUGGAGGCGUACUUUUCCCCUGGGACUCCGCCAAGGUCAUCGCUCUACUUGUAGUAGGCGGAGUGAUGAUAUUUGCGUUCAUUUACAGCGAGGCAAAAGUGGCCAAGUACCCAUUGAUUCCCAUGACGGUAUUCCGCCGGGGAACAAAUAUCGCUGCUUUCCUCGUCGUAUUCUUCCACGGCUUUGUCUUCAUUGCAGGCGAGUACUAUAUGCCGCUGUAUUUUCAAGCCGUUCUCGAAGCUUCUCCGUUGCAGUCUGGACUACUCCUCCUCCCCUUUAUCGUCACAGGUGCGAUUGCCGGAGUUCUCUGCGGCCUCAUCAUGCACAAGACUGGCCACUUCCGUGAGAUCAUUUGGGUGGGCACACUGCUCCUCACCAUUGGUUUCGGCCUCUUCAUCUCCUUCGACGCAUACACAUCGACUGGAAAGGCAGUAGGUUUCGUCAUCCUCGGCGGUCUAGGAUCCGGGAUACUGUUCGAGGCACCAAUGAUUGCUAUUCAGAGCCAGGUCGAACAGCAAGAUGUAGCUACCGCUACUGCGACACUAUCUUUCGUUCGUAAUAUCGGCGUCGCAAUAUCCACCAUCAUCGGCGGUACCAUCUUCCAAAACUCGAUGAACGGUCAGGCUUCUUUUCUUCGAGACGCUGGGCUACCGCAGAAUCUAUUGAGUCAACUUGAUGGCGACAGCGCCAUGGCGAAUGUCAUGCUUCCUGCCACGUUCGAGAAUGCGGCAUGGGAACUUGCUGCGAAACAGGCCUUUGCCGCCGCGAUGCGCAAUAUGUGGAUCACGUAUACGGUACUCGCUUUCUUGAGUUUUGUCGCAGGUCUGUUCAUCAAGGCCGCAGUGCUGGGAACGGAUCAUGUGGAAACUGUCACUGGAUUGAAGAAAGAGAAGGUCGCGGCAAGAGUAGAGACGGACAGUUCGUAG